AUGAAGGCACUUGUCCAAGGUUCAACUAGUGUUCAAAACCAGGGAUGUUUGACUCUGAAAUCCAAGUUCUUUAACCCUACGCUGUACCGCUUUUUCCCCUCCAGUGGUGAGGCCUGCGCGGGCCGCGGGGAGCCGGAGGAGAGCGCCGAGCCUCGGGCCAGCCGGGUCGGUGCGGACGCCGCGGCGGCGGAGGCCGUGGCCGCCCCUCCCCCACCGGCCCGGCCCAACCGCCGCUACGACGGACACGCACGGGCCGCGCGUCCGCCGCCAGUCGGCGCUCCGGCAACUGCCGGGCGACCCCAGGCGGGGGCGGGUUGGCCGGCCCGAUCCUGCCGGCGGCUUCCCGGAACAAUAAGCGCCGUACCCCGAGUGGCGGCGCCGCCGGGACCCCUCGCUCGGGCCCACCGAGGCGGUCGGGGGCUGAGGCGUGACCCGCCCCGGCCCCGGCCUGUUGGCUGGCGACGUCGGGGGAAAGACCCGAGCCUGCCGGGACUCUACCGUUCCUGCCCCGCCGCCCGGGAAGACCUGCCCGCCCGAAGCGGCGGAGUCCGCGGCGGCGGCGCUGAGGGCACCUCCCGCGGGCCUCCGAGCUCUGAGAAACUCUGAAGUAUUCACAUUGGAUUUGCCUGUCGAGACUAGAUGGUUGAGCAGCUAAUAAGCUACUGACAUCCAG